AUGGAGGACCUCGGCAACAUCCGUGAGCACAUCGCCAGGAUGGAGCUGGCAAAUGCCAACCGGCGCCGUGCGGAGAGGGAGAUAGCCGCAUACCCGCCCCAGCCAGGCUUGGCAUCUCAAGACGAUGAUGACCUUCCGGCACUGCCGCCUCGCCUGCCCAGGCCCGAGUACUCCACCAACGCCAAUGUCAUCACCCAGACAGACCCGCGGGAGUUGGGAUUUUACGUUGCAUGCGCACAAGGUUGGCUGCCCCAGGUCGAAUCCUAUCUUGAAGAGUGCGACCCGACCCAGGCAGUGCGCCAAUACGGUCUUGAGAGGGCGUCCUUUGCAAAUCAGCCCGACGUCGCACUCUGCCUAUUGAAGCAUGGGACCAUCUUGCACGACAAUGUCUUUUUACGAUCUUGGACCGACCCGCCGAAGUAUGCGGGUGGUCGGGGGAAGGUGGUGACCCUCUUUGACAAAGGCAGAGAAGUCUCGAUACCACUUCUCGAGGUGUUUGUCGAGUUUGGCUGGCAUCCAAAUCAGCUGUGGACCGGAUUCUCUUGGAUGGACAACAAUCGCUUGGUCAGUCCAAUCAUUGAAAGCCUCGGAAACAGACCUCUCCUCACGUUCCUGUUAUCCCACGGCGCAGAUCCCAUGAUCAGUCACCACAACGUCGGCAUAGGAGACUCGAAGCCCUUGAACCGCCGCGCCUCGAGCAAAGUUCUCGGCUAUGCCAUUCUCACAGGGGACCCCACACUGGUAGCCCUGCUUGUGGCUCACGGUGCGGAUCCCGCGUAUGCAAUGCCGUUACAUGAGCUGGUCAAAUGGAAGGGAGGGGCCGGUACCACAGCCUUUUCCGUGCGCCGCCCCAUGGCUGAGUUCAUUCUGUCCUCCGGGAUGGCAGGCGUCAAUGACAUCAAGAAGGUUCCUUUCCUCGACAUGACUCGACCCGCGAGGAUGGAGAAUCUGACAACAUUUGCGUUUGCGUGUGCAGGGCAGGAUUGGGAGUAUGCAGAGUGGCUAUUGGAGCACGGGGCUGAUCCCAACUUGUUGAAUGGCAGGGCCUUCGAGCCCACGUACUUCUCGAAGCCGCACGAUGGGCCGAAUGAUCCCCAGGCUGUGAGGGACUUGGUCGACAGGGUCAGGGCAAGAAGAGAGGGCUCGUAG